AUGGAGUGUUUAAAGUCAGUACCUGUUGACAAAUGUUGUUUAGUUGUACAAAUGCCAACAGUUGAAGAAAUGAAACGUGAAGUUGCUAAUAUUACAUGUGAAAUGCAAUCAGUUUAUAUUGACAAUUCAAUUGUGUUACCAUCAUCAGAAUUGCCAACAACCAUUGCAUCACAAGAUACCAUUACUACUACUACUGCUACUACUGUUUUAAAUAAUUUCAAUUCAAUAAAUUAUCAUACAAUCCAGUUGGAUAAUAAUACAACUACUGAAAUAAAUUCAAUUAAUUCUAAUGUAAAUGAUAAAUCAACUAUGAAUUUUACGACAAGAAACUAUGAUACAAAAUAUGGUAGCAUAACUCUUCCAUCUGACAAUGAGUAUCGGCAACACAAUUCACCCGAUUCUAGAUGGUCGACAUUGAACAUUGAUGAUGAUUAUCAUAAUGAAGAUGAUAAUAUAGAUGAACAAACUGAUGGAAAUGAUAAAAUUGAUCAAUUUAAAUUAAAUCGUUUUGGUAGUAUGUUGGUAGCCCGAAAAAAAAUGAAUGAAAAUUCUCUUUCUAAAUUUAUUUCACCAUCAAUUAAUAGUAGUUCAAGUUGUCCAAGAGAAGAACAAGUUUCUGAAGAAUUUAUUAUUAAUGGAAAGCGUUACAGACAGGUUUAUCAAAGGCGUAUUGUCUUAGAAAGAAAAACAACAAGAGACGUGUUUUUUCUUCCUGGAAGUAAUACUGAUACAGAAAUUCGACUACCAAGUAAAAAUCAAUAUGAAUACAGAUCUCCGCACUAUGACGAACAAGUAUCAAGUAUGGUUUCAAAUGAACAGUCCACAGCUAAGUCAACUAGUUCACCUAAUGGGCAAGUAAUAAGUCGACCUGGUCUAGAUCUCACAGUCUUACAUACGAAAAAUAACACAAAAAAUGAUGAACCUUGCCUCUCACCAGCAAUUGUUGUAAGGUCUCUUAAUGGUAGUAUGAUUAAUUCUAAGCACACUGAAAUUUCAAGUUGUUCACAAUGUACAACUUCAACUGAAGUAUCAUCCAAAUUAAUUGAUACUAUUAAUCCAAUUGCCUUAACUCAACAAACAGAUAAUAUGGAACAUUUAAAUGCAAAUGUAUCUGAAGUAAAUAGAUCUAGUUCCAGAGCACGAAAAAUAGUCCGCAGUCUAUCGAACUCACUUAAACGUUCUCUAUCUACUGGCAUUCAAAAUACACGAAGUUUAGUUAAAUCAAUACCAGGAAGGUCCAAAGAAACGGAAUCAGCUAAUCAACUCAAUAAAUUACGUACAUCGAUCAAUAAUGAUUUAUUAGUAGACACUUCAAAACAAGACAAAGAGUUUAAAAACAAUCACGAACUCAUUGAGCCAAAAUCGAAGCAAAUAAUGGGUUACAUGUAUAAAUUUGGUGUUUGGGAUGAUCAACAGCCAGUUUUAGAUCCACGUUUACCUGUAUUUUUGAAUUCGUCUAUUGAGAAUAAUUCAAAUUUAAAUGGUACCGUUGUUCCUACUGCACCCGAAUGGCAUCAUGAAGAAGUUGGUUUAGAAAAUAUAGAAAAAUUUCAAGGAGCUUAUGUCCGUGGUCGUACAGUUGCUUGUUUGCAAAGAUUUACACAACAUAGUUCAGCUAGUGGUAAAGCAUUGCAUAGGAGUACUUAUGUACAACAAACAAGACUAGUUCGUCAGCUUAAUCGAAGCGGCGAAAAGAAGAAAGGAGAUACUCUAAGUGGACUAGAUGAAGAUCUCCAAGGUAAAGGGUGUGAACAAGAGGAACAUACCUUUAGCUCGACUCCAAUACAUCUUACUGAUCCAUUUUUAUUUGAUAGUGAACAGUUAACCAAAUAUGAAAUGAAACCAGACGAUAAUAUUCAGUCAACAUCUGCAAAGUUUAUUCAGUGUUCAAAUGAUCGCCUACAAUUGUUACAAUCGAUUUGUCCAUCCGCGGCUGCUGCAACAAUUCUUUUGGGUAAACCUAUACGUGAUCCACACGAUAAUGAUGAUGUUAAACAAAAUAUUUCGACUAAAUCUAAUGACCUUGAUGACACUCGUGUUCUGGUAACAGCAAACUCAUGGUGCCCAGCGUCAUUGAGAACAAAAGAUCCUGAACCGCAGUUAAUAUUCAAUCCCAUUUAUAAGGAUAAUAAUAGCAAUACUCCUACAAAAACAAAUACACCAAAACAUUCACCGUCGUCUGUGAGCGUACCAGAACCUACGAUACGCGGUGGAACACUUGAUGGAUUGCUUAUAUAUGCAUUGAAUUUAUUACAAAUGCCUAUACCAACUAGUCAUCCAGAUUAUUUAUUUCCUGAUGUGAUUCGUUUAACGUAUCCAACAUUUACAAGUCCUGAUAAAAUAAUUGAACGUUUAAUCCAAAUCUAUGUUGCAUAUGCUCCUGUAGAACCGGGUUGUCAAAGUAGUGAUUGGAUUGACGCUUUAGCUGCUGCAGAUUAUUUAGUUAGUAUUGCUAAAGAUAUUCAUUCAAAACAAUUGACUGCUUCAUUAAUUCUCAAGCUUAAUCGAUUUGCACGUCUUCUUAUGUAUGAUAAUCAACUAAUUACAAAUGAACAAAUACAUAACGAUAAUCAAAUUUCAGAUGAACCACAUCGUGUUCUUGCUGAUCGAUUACUAGAAAAACUGCCAAUUCUAUCAUCAAAACAGAAAUUGACAAAUUAUUCAAACAAAUUAAACAAUAUAAAUAAUGACAGUGUUGAUUACAUUUCGACGAUAAGAAAUCCAACCUUAAAUAAAACUGAGUCAAAUAAUUUAUGGUCAAAACAGCCGUUAGUUAUCAAUAAUUCAUUAACUGGACAAAAUAAUACAAAUUUAGAUGGAAUAAACGAUCAUAAUUCUGUACACUAUUCAGCUUUGAUAAAUACAGAUAGUAAAAUGUGCAUUUGUGAACCUCAAGAAGAUGCCAUAGUAAGAGCUCACGAAUUCCUUGAAUGUGAUGCACGAUUAAUUGCAGAAGAAAUAACUCAAAUUGAAGAAGAAAAAUUCGCUCAAAUUGAUUUUCAUGAACUACUAGAUAUUCAACAUUUAGAAAAAGGUGAAGCUCAAACUUUAGGUAAAUGUGUUGAACAUUUCAAUCAAAUGACACGAUGGGCUAAAGGAAUGCUACUUAUCAUAGCGCCAAAAAUAGUUGAAAAGUAUUCUUUAGUAAAUUUACCAAAUCAUCAAAUAAAAAGCGCAAGUGGUAAAUCAUUGUUUGAUAAUUUACGUAGUCGUCAUACAUGUUCUUCUCUUAUUGUUCCAAAUAUUAAAAAUAAAAACAAAUUAAACAAUAAAGAAUAUGAUUCACAAUCUGAUGUAGAAUUAACAAACAAUGUCAAAUCCACAAAUGAAGAUUUUAUAAAAUCAAAUUCAUUAAUACACCAUAAAAGUAUUUUAACAAAGAAAAUUGUUGCUGUCAAUAUUAUGUUACAGAAACUAUGCGAAAUCUUAAAGCAUCUAAAGCAAUUACACAAUUUUAGUUCAUUCCUUGCAUUAUUGUUGGCUAUCCAAGAAUUACCUGAAUGUCUCCUUUCUAAGAAAUCAAAACAAUUGGUUGCUGGUUUUUCAUCCUAUAUGAAACCUCCGAAUUUCGGUGAAUAUCGACGAGACUUAGAAACAUCCGCAUUACCGUGUUUGCCCUAUUUAGGAUUAAUAUUUCAACAACUAAUUCAUCUACAUAUUGGCAAUCCAAUUCACCUGUCAACUUCACCAACAUCAACCUUGUCUAAAAAUGAUAAAAUAGAACAUGAUAUUGAAUCUAUCAGAGAACAUGAUGAUUCUUCCCACCAAGUGUUUAAACCACUUAAAAUGAUAACUACAUCACUGAAUGCAAAUUCGACUGCCAUGAUUAAUGUUUGGAGGUGUUGGAAACACUAUAUGGUACUUGGUUAUUUCAUAAAACGAAAAGAAGGAUCUGUUGAAAACGUUCACCAUUUUCCACACAAUCCUCGAAUUAAUCGUAUAAUUAAUGGAUUUGAAGAUCAAUUCAAUGACAUAGCAUUAGAUAAAGCCAAAGAACAAUUAAUUAUUAUUCUUCAACGUUCAAAACGAAGUAUUUUAUCAUCAAAAUGA